AUGGCAGAUAACGGUGACAAAUUUUUAUUACAUUGGCUUGAUCAAUCAAGAGCUCACAGAAUAUUGUUCUUAUUAGAAUUAUUAGGAUUAGAUUACGAUGUUGAAGUAUAUUUAAGGCAUCCUGCAACCUGGAGAGGACCUUCUGAAUUAUUCCAAGUUCAUCCAUCAGGAAAAUCCCCCAUAUUAGAGAUUUUCUUUGCUGAUGGUAGACCAUCGCUAAAAUUAGCCGAAAGUGGGUUCAUAAUUCAAUAUUUAUUGAAUCAUUAUGAUCCUUAUAAUAUCGUUAAUUGUUCUAAUGAAGAUGAAAGGUUACAAGUGGAUUAUUACUUACAUUAUUCUGAAGGUACUCUACAACAUUUAAUGAUAUCCAUGUUGAUCAAUAGUGCUGCUAAAUCUAUUGCACCUAUUGGAUUCAAAAGUUUCACUAGAAUGGUCACUAAAGGGUUGAAUAAUGGAUUUUAUAUUCACGAAUGGAAAUUGAAUAUGGAAUUUUUGGAAAGGCAAUUGAUUGAAAACGAUACUGGUUAUUUUGUUGGUAACAAAUUAACAGCUGCUGAUGUAAUUCUCUCUUUCCCCAUUUAUGAAAAUGUAUUCGACAAUGAAGCUGGUGUCAGGGAAGUCACAGGAGAAAAAAGAAACUUAUUCAAAGCUUAUCCUCAUUUAGCUGCUUGGAGUGAUAGAAUAGCUAAUCAUCCUCUUUAUAUUAAAGUGACAGAAAUAAUGGAUGAUAAAGUUAAUGAAUUCAUCACCCAACAAGAAAAUUCAAGAAAUAGAAAAUGA